AUGGUUGAGGAGAGCACGCAGCUUCUUAUAGAAUUCUCCGUCUUCCUCUUCUCAUCACAUGAAAUGCAACAAAUGCCUCAAGCACGUAAAGCAAACUUCAUCACCAUCGCGCCGUCACCUUCCCAUCGUCACCAUCAUCGUCGCCAUCUCUUUCACCGCUUCAUCUCAAACUCACAAACGCAACUAGAAAGAAACGAAAUCAACGUCGUCCACCACUCCUCUUCCAAGCGUGGCACUCAAACCAACCAACUGACGCCGGCGGCUUACCCUCCCCUCCUCUGGCGAGACAUCGCUGGAGGGCCUCCGGCGCCUCAACGAAACGCCACGCCCGUUCCGCAAAUCCGUUUGGCUACAACCCAAAAAUUUAAGCACUCCCAAACGCAUCUCACAUCACACAAACAAAGCGCUGAGAAUGACGCGGAGGGCGGGAGGCGGGAAGCAGCGGUCAAUCAGCGGGGUGUGGCCCUCACGGGAAAACGGUUUGACAUGUGCCGUUGCUUUGGUGGUUUGGACGACAACUACUUCAAUUAUGGCCAUCCAAACCUUAUAAAGAUCAAGUAUCGUUCCAUUCAAUGGACGCUCGCCACUCUACAAAAGAGUGGUAUAGGAGCAGCAGUACUUUGGUUUGCUUUUGUAUUGUUCAACACAUUCAGGGGGUGGAAUAGCAAUGACUUUCAAGCCAAGACAAACGCCCAUGCAAUGCCUAGUAGCCUCCUCUUCCUCUAUGGGCAUGACGAAGGAAAUCAAGACACCAAGGCCGUACCGAGGAGGCCUCUAAUCGCAAACCACAGACUUUUCGUCUUGUGGAAAGACGAAAGGUCCCGCAUGGAAGCCAGGCCAACAACCUUUGCAUGCUUCUAA